AUGGCAGGCGACGAGCGUGCCGUAGAGCACGCGGAUUCGAUAUCAUCAGCAUCAGUAUCUCAACAUCAUGACUUUGAAAAGCAGGAAGAUGGCUCCAAACUCGAGAAGAAGGUCACGACCUUGCGAGACAUCGAAAGACAACUUACCGGCGUUGCUGCUGAAGACUUCAAGCCUUCCAAACGACUAUACCUUGCUUUCCUCACUUUGGCAGUCAUGACCCUAAUGGUCGCCUUGGAUGGCACCAGCUUGUCCGUUGCUUUACCCAUCAUCUCUCAAAAGCUCAAAGGAACAGCAAUCGAAGCCUUCUGGUCCGGGACAUCGUUCCUGCUAUGCUCCACCAUCUUCCAACCAAACUUCGCUUCCUUCUCGCACAUAUUCGGCCGUAAGCCCAUGGUCUUCGUCUCACUUCUAUUCUUCACCAUCGGUGCCAUCGUCGCGGCCGUCGCGAAUGGCUUCGGACCUCUACUGGUCGGCCGCUCACUGCAGGGUAUUGGUGGCGGUGGCAUCAUCGCCUUGACGGAAAUCCUCGUUACAGAUCUUGUCCCAAUGCGCUUGCGAGGCAGCUGGUUUGGUAUUAUCAGUGGGAUGUGGAGUAUCGGCUCCGUUACCGGUCCCAUCAUCGGCGGCGCCUUCGCCCAAAAAGUGACCUGGCGCUGGAUCUUCUACAUCAAUCUUCCCUUCAUCGGCAUCGGCGUCCCCUUCGUCUACUUCUUCCUAAAAUUAAACUUCAUCCCCCAGUCCAUGCUGACCCAACUCCGGCGCGUCGACUGGGUGGGGUCCUUCCUCUUCAUCGCCUCUUCCACAUCUUUUCUCAUCCCCAUAACCUGGGGCGGGGUAAACUACGCUUGGGACAGCUGGCGGGUUCUGGUCCCUCUCCUCCUCGGCGUCGCUGGCCUCGCCGGCUUCAUCGCCUACGAAGCCUAUGUCGCUAAAGAACCGCUCAUCCGCCUCGGCAUCUUCACAAACCGCACGUCCGCAGCAGCAUACUUCUCCACCACCAUCCACGGCAUCAUCCUCUGGUGCCUGUUGUACUACGAGCCCCUCUACUACGAAGCCGUAAAAUCCUUCUCCCCAGUUUUGACCGGCGUAGCGCUCUUCCCCGAAACCUUCACCGUCGCUCCCAUCGCCGUCGUCACCGGUAUCGCCAUCACUAAGACCGGCAGGUACCGCUGGGCCAUCUGGAUCGGCUGGCUCCUCACGAUCCUCGGCCUCGGCGUCCUCUACCUCAUGGACGUCGACACCACCACCGCCCAAUGGAUCUUCCUGAACCUCGUCUGCGGGCUCGGCAUGGGCAUGUUAUUCCCCAGCGUGGCAUUCGCCGUGCAAGGCGCCUCCAAAAACGAAGAUCUUGCUUUCGCGGUCGCUAUGUUCUCUUUCUUCCGCGCCUUCGGCCAAUCCAUAGGGGUCGCGAUCGGGGGCACGAUCUUCCAGAAUCAGAUCGCGAAGAAGAUUGCGAAGUAUCCCGUGCUGGCACCUAUGGCGAAGGAGUACUCGAGUGAUGCGGCGACGUUGGUGCAGGUUAUUAAGGGGAUGAGGGGUGUGCCGGAGCAGGCGGAGCAGUAUCGGGAUUUGGUGCAGGCGUAUGCGGAUGCUUUGAAGAUUGUGUGGAUUAUUAUGUGCGCUUUGGCGGCGGUGGCGGGGGCGUCGAGUUUGGUUAUUAAGGGGUUGGGUUUAGAUAGGCCGUUGAAUACAGAGCAGGGGUUUAGUGAGAAGAGGGAGGGAGAUGAGGAGAAAGAUGGGGGUGGAAAUGGGGAGGGGAAGUGA